GAAAUACUGUCUUAAAACUUUAUAAAGAUAUAUUGAAGUACGGAGAAAAUUUGAAAUUCACGGAUAAAAAAUAUUUUCGAUAUAGAAUACGUCAAGCUUUUAAAACGAAUAAAAAUCUGACCGACGAGACAGCAAUAGAUUUCCAAUUAAAGAAAGGAUUGAAAUUUUUGGAAGCUCAAAAAGUGUUGUAGAUACCUUGAUUGCCAAAAGAUUUAGCAUAAAAAUAAGACAUCAUGUUCAUGAGGUUGUCCAUGUAUUUAAAGACACACAGUGGAAUCCACGCAACGGUCAACUGCAAUGACUUCCUUGCACUAGGUGUCAUGACCAAUUGCGUGCAGGAAAGUGCAUGGAUUCGCAAUAAGUCUUAUAAACAUUACCUCGAUUACUCGAACGUACCUAAGCUAGAUGAGGCCGACCUUGAGGAACAAUUUGUUCGGGGCAGUGGACCAGGUGGUCAGGCAACAAACAAGACAAACAACGCAGUGAUGUUAAAGCACAAACCCACUGGGCUUAUUGUCAAAUGCCACGAGACGCGCAGCUUAUGGGACAACCAAAAACGCGCGCGUGAAAUUCUGAUAACAAAGCUCGACAACUUAUUGAAUAAGGAAUGCUCUAUCGAAGCUCAGAUACGUACUAUUCAGGAAAAACAGCUUAUACGGAAGAAGUACAAGAGGAAAAAAUUAGCAGAGAUGAAGAAAGCGUUCCAGGAGCGCGAAGGCUUGACGUGACACGAUUUGUUUGUUACUUUGCUUAAACCUUUUAGAAUAUAAAUUUAUCUUGGAAACUUUUUAGAAGUAGAAUUGUUCAAAGGAAAGUGUUAUCCUUUGCUCAGAAUACACUGAUAACAAUUAAUGCUAAUAAUAUUCAACGCCAGUUAAACCAACUGAAUUCAUUUAAUUGCAUUCUUUAAUCAAAAUUAUUUUUGAUAUUAUGAUAAAAACUGUAAUCUAAAAAGAAAAACGAAUUCAUUAUUAAAUAAGUUAGAAAUAUAAACUGAAACCUACGAAAUUUAACUUAAAAAUAUUUUCUGAAGUUGUAGGGAGAUAUAUAAUAAAAUAUAUAAUGAAAUAUA